AUGCAGUUCGAAUGCGAAGGUCAGUGGAUUGGCCCAUUUGAGGUCAUCAAGUGGCCCAAUGUUCCCGGAGCACGUGGUCUGGCCCGGAACAGAAUCACGGGUGAAAACGCCGUACUAAAGGCUGGGUGGAUCGGCAGCUUAAAUCAUGAGGCACAUACGCUUCUUGCUGCGUCGGGUGGAAUUGGCAUACCUUUAUUACAUUGGUUUGAAACUGUUAAUGGGAUGGAUGUUAUGAUCACCGACACCUACGGCCCAAGUCUCGAAGAGAACUUUUGCCUAUAUGGCCGGUAUUUCAGCAUGCAGCGCCUGCUUCUUUUCGCUGACCAAAUACUGUCACGGAUAGAGUUUCUGCAUUCCAGAAGACUCGUCCACGGGAACCUAAGCCCCUGGUCUUUCGCUCUUGGCGAACAUGCUUGGCAAAACCAGCAGGUUUUAUUGGUUGAUUUUGAUAUCGAAGCCGGAGUAGAUGUCUCUCCUGCCGGUGAUAUCCAUGCUAUUGGCCUGAUCUUGGCUUAUUUCUACAGUGGUUGCGACUCAUGGGUUGAUUAUCAGCAAAGAGGCAUACGAGAGAACCCGAAGGAUACUGCUCCGGUUUUUUCUUCUUUUCUUAAUGCUAUCUCGACCUGCAAAACAGUGGACUAUGAUAGCCUACGGGAAAUAUUCCGCGGGGCCUAUCUAGAUUUCGCUACCCAAUUAGCCAUCGCCCUCGACUUAAGGGGACCACGAGCGAUCAGAGAAGGAUAUCAAUCAGUAUCGGGGUGCCUUAUCACCCUAACAACACCAGAUCUUUUUGAGAAGCUACAUUCGAAGCUCAUAGAAACCGGAAAUGUGCUGACGGAUGAGGAUAUUUCACCACAUUGGGGUAGGCAGCUAUUGCUUUCUCUGGAGGAGAUCAUGAAUAUCUACAUUCUUCUUAUCUCUCGCGAUCGGCCCUCUUGUGACCAGGGAAGGCUUAAGAUAGCAGCAUAUCACCUGCCUAACCGAUUAUGGAGAGACUUACGCUGGUUUCUGGCGAAAAUCCAUCACGCCACAAAAGAAGUCAAACUUGCAUUUAUCGAGAAAAUUUAUAGUUUUGUGGCAGCCUUAAAGAAAACGCAAUUCAUCUGGGCAUGGGGGAUCAGCUUGGACUCAAACAGUGUUUUACUGGCAGGACAGGCUGCUUAG